GCGGGCGGGAGGGGGACAGGGGAAACGGCAGCUCCUUUCCUCUUUUUCCUCCUCAGCCCGUCUCCGUAUAACGUGCGCCCAGCAGGCCGCUUCCCUUCCGCUUCCUUCCUCUCCUAUCCCCUCCCAUCCCUUCCCUUGUCAUCCCCGCCGGCGGGAGCGCUGCCAGGUUGGGGAAGGGGGUGGGAGGCGUAGGCCACCAUCUUUUGGGGACGCCUACGGCCCAAAUGGAGAGGUGCUGGUGCAGUGAUUAGACUGACCUCCCCGCCGUGUCCCUGAACUCAAAUGGGAUCAGCUCUGGAGGGGGUCGAUAGAGGGGGUGACUGCAACCGUGGCCCCCUUCAGCACAAAGAGGGAAAUGCUUCAAAGAACAAUAAAAGAUUUUUUUUCCAAAGAUGGAAAAUUCAAUUGAAGAGAUGGAUACCGCUGAUACUCAGUGGGGCUGGUUUUAUUUGGCUGAGUGUGGUAAAUGGCAUAUGUUUCAGACUGAUUCAAACAGUCAUUGCUCUGUUAGCAGUGAAGAUAUUGAAAGGAGCUUCCGAACAAACCCACAUGGUUCUGUUUGUUUUACUACUGCAAAAUUUAACUACACGCUAGACUUUUCAGCGAUGAAACAAACCAACCUAACUACCCUUAAGCAACGUCCAAUAAAGCGAGCUCCCUUUUCUAUCAGUACUUUCAGUUUCAUCUGUGAAAAUGAGGCCAUCCCUAUGCCUUCCCACUGGGAGAAUGUAAAUACCGAUGAGCCAUAUCAGCUUAUUCCAUUGCAAAAGAAAACAAAUGAAUAUAAUGAAGUUUCUAGUCUCUUUGGAAAAACAAUGGAUAGCCACCGAAUUAAAAGAAUUAAGAGAAUACAAAAUCUAGACUUGUGGGAGUUUUUUUGCAGGAAAAAAGCUCAACUAAAGAAGAAAAGAGGUGUUCCAACUAUUAAUGAGCAGAUGUUAUUUCAUGGCACCAGUAAUGAAUUUGUUGAAGCAAUAUGUAUUCAUAACUUUGACUGGAGAAUAAAUGGGAUACAUGCUGCUGUAUAUGGAAAAGGGACUUAUUUUGCAAGAGAUGCAUCAUAUUCCAGUCAUUUCUGCAAAGAGAACAUGAAGCAUGGAGAUACUUUUCAAAUUCAUGGUGUGAACCUGCAGCCUCAUCUGCACAGACCAGAUAAAGUCAUGUUUCUUGCUCGUGUACUAACUGGUGACUAUAUCAAUGGUGAUUCAAAAUACAUGAGGCCUCCUUCAAAAGAUGGAAGUUUUGUGAACUUGUACGACAGCUGUGUGGAUAAUACCUGGAACCCAAAGAUCUUUGUUAUCUUUGAUGCCAACCAAAUCUACCCUGAGUAUUUAAUAGAAUUUUCUUGACUUUGAAAGCAGCUGAACUGAA